UAAAAACUGAACUAAAAUUAUUUCUUAAUAAAUUCAUCCCAAUUGGUGCAACUCUAACUCACUCACACCACGGACAAGUGAUUUUGUUCCGCAAACAGAUAAGCGAGCUGUCAUGUCAAAGCCGUCGAUAUUGAUCGUAGAACCGUUUUAUGGAGGUAGCCACAAGCAGUUGAUAGACACGAUUAUUGAAUGUUUAAACAUAUGCGACUAUGAAAUAUUCAGUCUGCCGGCGAAAAAAUGGCACUGGCGUGCGCGUACCGGUGCGCUUUAUUUCUCGCAAAUCAUACCAGUGGAUCAUGAGUACAAAGUGCUCUUCACCAGUUCGGUGCUGAAUUUAGCCGAAUUACUAGGCGUGCGCCCGGAUUUAGUAAGCUGCAAAAAGAUUGUCUACUUCCACGAAAACCAAUUGGUUUACCCGGUGCGUGAGGUGAAGGAGCGCGAUUGUCAAUAUGGUUUGAAUCAAAUACUUACUUGCCUUGCAGCCGACAAUAUAGUUUUCAACUCAAAUUUCAAUCGCACUUCCUUCCUGGAUAGCAUCACGCCGUUCCUCAAUAUUCAACCCGAUUUUAAAUUGAAGCAUAUACGCGAGAAAAUUGAGAAAAAGUGCGAAGUGUUAUACUAUCCCAUUAAAUUCCAUGCCUUCCCUAAUAAACGACUGAUGAUCGGCGGCGCAGAGCCAUCUCUAACUGCGCUGAUGAGUGAUAAAGACUGUUUGCAUUUGAUUUGGCCACAUCGCUGGGAGCACGACAAAAAUCCAAAACUAUUGGUGGAGGUGCUGUUGGAACUGAACAAGCGGCAAGUGGAUUUCAAAGUGACCAUAUGCGGCGAGAACUAUCAGGCGGCACCAGAGUCCUUCGAUGGUUUACAAGAUAAGCUAGGCGCAAAAUUGAUAAACUUUGGCUUCUUGCCGCGUGAUAAGUACAUUAAGACAUUGUUGUCCGGUGACGUUGUAAUUUCAACGGCAGGCCAUGAGUUCUACGGCGUUGCUAUGUUGGAAGCGACAUAUUGCGGCUGUAUGCCGAUUGCGCCUAAUAAACUCGUAUACCCCGAAAUAUAUCCAAAAGAGAAUUUAUACAACACUUCCAAUCAGCUAAUUAAAAUGCUGUACAAUUGGUGUCGCAAUCCGGAACUAUUUCGGCGUCAGAGAGACACAUUUUUCGAAUACUUUACAUUCGACCGCUACUCAGCGCAACAUUUAGUGCCUAAAUUUCUUGAGAAAUUGCGCAUUUAAUGUCGCAUUUACUUGGCUGGACUAUUCUUUAACAUAUUUGCUGCAAUAUCACGUAACCGUAUUCGAAUGACAAAAAUUUAAGUUAAAUGUUAUGGAAGCGUAUCAAUUAAAUUGGAGAACUACGUUCUGGAAGCGGUAAUUUCCAAUGAGGAUGGAAUAAAACGUGCCCUUACAAAAUUAUGGUUAUAUUAUAAGUUAACGGACAGAAAGAUGUAGCAAUUUUGUAGAACAAAAUUUUCUAUCUAUGACAAGGUAGAUAUCCUAAUUCAAUAUUGAAAUUUGUUACACAUUUAACAUUGGUUUUCAACGAAAUUCAAAGAGAAAAAAAUGAACCAUUCUACAGUUAAAUAUUAAUAUAUAUAAUUGUUUGUUGUUUUUAAGUAUAAACUACUGUUCACCAUAUCCUUACAAAUGUACAUAAAGUAAUAUGUACCCAUACAAAUAUAUACUCUAUUAUAAGUCAUCGUAAAGUAAAUGAACCUUUUAUACGAAUUCUUAAUUUGUAUCCCGCAUUAUUAUGCUAAGCGCUUAACAAAUAAUACAUCUAAAUAUAUGUUGAGUGAUUUUAAUAUA